UUGUUCAAUCUUCAUUGCAAUAUUUACAAGUGAUGAGUAUGACUGUGUGAGAGAGAAAGAAAAGGAGGUGUCAUCAUGUGUAGUGUUAGUUUAAUAUGUGCCAUAAGCAUAAGUAAUGCUUGAAUCUGAAACAACAAAGACAAGAACAAGUCCAAGAGGCUAGGAAGAGAGAGAGACUUUGUUAAUUUCUUGUCCCCAUGUCUAAUUAUGAGGAGGUUGCAGAGCUGAUAUGGGAAAAUGGCCAGCUAUCCAUGCAUGGGCUUGGUGGGCUUCAACCCGAAAAGCCCAUAACAAGUAGGGCCCACGACACAUUAGAGUCUAUAGUUCAACAAGCCACGUUUAAAUGUUGCCAACAACCAUCGAAGUUCACUAGGCAAGGCCAUGCCCCUACUAGUAUAAUAAACUCCUCCAUUGGUGCACCAUCAUCAUCCACCAGGAAGCCAACAUGCUCCAACACUAACGUUAACGUGCUCCAACAAUGUGACAUCCUUGGUGGUCGUGGUCGUGGUUGUGGUUGUGCUAGUGCUGGUGCCACGUUUUGUAGGGACAACGAUGCAACCAUGAUGACAUGGGCUUCUCUUGAAUCUGGUCCAACUUUGAAGACCAUGGAGGAAGAUUCAGCUUGUCAUUGUGGAUCGGAAAUUCGAGACAACCAAGAUGACAGAGACAGUAAAGCAGAAAUAGCCCAAAGCAACUCUAAGAGACGGAGCCGAAUUGCUGCUAUUCAUAACCAGUCUGAGCGGAAAAGAAGAGAUAGAAUUAAUCAGAAGAUAAAAGCCUUGCAGAGGUUGGUGCCUAAUGCAAAUAAGACUGAUAAAGCUUCAAUGUUAGAUGAGGUGAUAAACUACUUAAAGCAGCUUCAAGCACAGAUCCAAAUGAUGAACAUGGCAAGCAUGCCCCAAAUGAUGGUGCCUUUGGCCAUGCAACAGCAGCUUCAGAUGUCAAUGCUAGCCAGAAUGGGUGGUGGGCUUGGCAUGGGAAUGGGCUUGGCAAACAUAAACAACAUGGUAGCCCAAACAAGUGGCCCAAGCCCAAGGUCACUCCCCCAACUCAAUAUUCAACAAACAACCACAGUAGGAGCUCCACCUGGCACUGCCCCACUAUUUGUUGCACCUUCCUUUAUGAUGCCUUCCAUGAUUCCUCCAAAGCCCCAACAUGCAUCCUCACCCUCCAUUCCUUUGCCUCAUCCAUAUACUAAUGGUCUCAACCAACCAAUUAAUAUGGAUAUUCUGCACAACAUGGCAGCACUUUAUCAACAACAGAUGAGUCAGAAUAAUCAUCACUUGAGCAGCAGCAUCUCCCAACCACACCAAGGUCGUUGAGAAUAUAAAUCCAACAACACUUUUGUUCUCAUAAAAUAUAGAAGCACAUUAUGGAUAUGAUGAACAAAAGUUAAACUUCAUUUUCUCUUCAAACCAUAUAUUGCCUCUCUCAAGGAAAAUUCAAAUAUAUUAGCGAAGGAAUUAAUCAACGAUGUAAUGUAAAUUACAGUACAUUAAUUUAGUUUCA